CUUCGUCUCCAGCAGUCUCUGUGUCUCUCGCUCUUCCAAACCCCCAAAUGGGUUAUCUGAGCAGAGCUUCAAAGACCUUAAAAUCACUCAAACACUUCUCUCUCACACACCCAUUUCCCUCUACAUUCAAAGCCAACCCGCUAUACACAAGACUUAACAACAACAACAACAACGACCAUUUUGGUUUGAGCAAUGGCUUUUGCUCUCAUUCUCGCCAAAACAGCAAAGAAAACUGCUUAGAUUUGAGCCAGUACCCUACAGAAAGGAUCAGGAAUUUUUCCAUUAUCGCUCAUGUUGAUCAUGGCAAGUCUACGCUUGCUGACAGGCUUUUGGAGCUCACUGGGACCAUUAAGAGAGGCCAUGGUCAGCCUCAGUACCUUGACAAGUUGCAGGUAGAAAGAGAGAGGGGAAUUACAGUAAAGGCUCAGACAGCAACCAUGUUCCACAAGCACAAUUUUCAUGGUACUAAAAUAAGUGAUGCACAAGAUCAGCCAAGUUUUCUACUAAACCUGAUUGACACACCUGGUCAUGUGGAUUUCAGUUAUGAAGUAUCACGAUCCCUAGCAGCUUGCCAGGGUGCUCUUUUGGUUGUUGACGCUGCCCAAGGUGUUCAAGCCCAAACUGUUGCAAACUUUUAUCUUGCUUUUGAAUCUAACUUGACAAUAAUACCUGUCAUAAAUAAGAUUGACCAGCCAACUGCCGAUCCUGAUCGUGUCAAAGCUCAACUAAAAUCAAUGUUUGAUCUUGACCCUAGUGAUGCUCUUUUAACAUCGGCCAAAACAGGGCAGGGUCUGGAGCAAGUCCUUCCUGCAGUGAUAGAGCGCAUACCUCCUCCUCCCGGGAAGAGUGGUUCACCUUUGCGUAUGCUUCUAUUGGACUCAUAUUAUGAUGAAUACAAAGGAGUAAUAUGCCAUGUAGCAGUUGUUGAUGGUGUGCUACGUAAGGGGGAUAAGAUUUCAUCUGCAGCGACUGGCCAAGCUUAUGAUGUUUUAGAUGUCGGGAUUAUGCAUCCUGAACUCACCCCUACUGGAGUCCUACAUUCUGGACAAGUGGGAUAUGUUGUGAGUGGCAUGCGUUCAACCAAAGAGGCUCGUGUUGGAGACACACUUUCUCAUAACCGAAGUACUGUAGAGCCCCUUCCAGGAUUCAAGCCUGCAAAACAUAUGGUCUUCUCUGGAGUUUAUCCAGCUGAUGGAUCUGAUUUCGAAGCGCUUAAUCAUGCAAUAGAGAGACUGACAUGCAAUGAUGCUAGCGUCUCUGUUACUAAAGAGAGUAGCACUGCACUAGGUCUGGGUUUUAGGUGUGGUUUCUUAGGCUUACUUCACAUGGAUGUUUUCCAUCAGCGUCUUGAACAGGAGUAUGGAGCUCAUGUUAUUUCUACUGUUCCAACUGUUCCCUAUAUUUUUGAGUAUUCUGAUGGAAGCAAAGUUCAAGUACAGAAUCCUGCUGCAUUGCCCUCAAAUCCCAAGCAACGUGUUACAGCUUGUUGGGAACCUACAGUAUUAGCUACAGUUAUCAUUCCUAGUGAGUAUGUGGGGCCUGUUAUUACCCUAUGCUCUGAGCGUAGAGGACAGCAGUUGGAAUACUCAUUCAUUGAUAGUCAGCGGGUAUUUAUGAAGUAUCGCUUACCUUUGAGAGAGAUCGUUGUUGACUUCUACAAUGAAUUGAAAAGUAUAACAUCAGGAUAUGCAUCAUUUGAUUAUGAGGAUGCUGAAUAUCAACAAUCUGAUCUGGUGAAGCUUGAUGUCCUCUUGAAUGGACAGCCAGUUGAUGCAAUGGCAACUAUUGUUCAUAACUUGAAGGCACAACGUGUUGGUCGUGAACUGGUGGAGAAACUGAAGCAGUUCAUAGACAGGCAAAUGUUUGAGAUAACAAUACAAGCUGCAAUUGGAACGAAGGUCAUUGCAAGGGAGACGAUUUCGGCUAUGAGAAAAAAUGUUCUCGCAAAGUGUUAUGGUGGGGAUGUUAGUAGAAAGAAGAAGUUGUUGGAGAAGCAAAAGGAAGGAAAGAAGCGAAUGAAGAGAGUUGGCUCUGUUGAUAUACCUCAGGAGGCAUUUCAUGAACUACUGAAGGUUUCAUGAUAUGUCCUGAAGAAUUAGCCAGAUUUGGACUGGUUUUUGGAUGUGAGAGUGAUCUUGCAAAGUUCUAUAUUGGAGAGGCUGUUGGAAAUGGUAAAAGGAGGAAGUAGUAAAUGAAGUGCACUGUUACUAUAUGCAGCCUUCUGAUGAGAUGUCAAAGAUAUGCAGAGAAGAAAAAGUACUACACGUGCGACCAUCAAUGAUAUUUUCUCCUUACAACUGGCACAAUUGCUUUGUAACAUCUAAAUUUAGAGAUGCGAGUAAAAUUACCAUGUUUUGGGGUUAUUUGGUGAGUAUCAAAACUUAUUGAUUUCCCCUUUGUUUCUUUGUUUCUAGGGGAUGGGGAUGGGGAUGUAUCUUUGUAAUUGACAUUAUGUGUUAUUAGAUUACUCAAUAAGCUUGCAGUUACUAACUGUUUUCUAAGCUUAAUUGAUAGCUAAGCAUAGAUGGAUGAUAUAAAAGAAAUAAAUUAUUUUGUUUCAGGUUA